AUGGACGAGGAGAACGCGGUGACGCCCAACCGCCUCGACAACAGCCUGCAUCGCCGGCGCAACACCUGCGGGGCACUGCCGGAGCUCGUCGUCGCGAAGCCGCCGCUGUUCGAGGUGCUCGGGGCCUCGAGUGGGCCGCGCCACGCCAACACGAUUCGGCGCAGCACUGCGCCGGAGGUGAACUGGCAUACCCCGCCGGCCUCUAUGAGGAACUCGGUGGAGAGGGCAACGAUUGCCACGCACGCCGCGAGCGAGCCGCAGCACACCACGGCGAGCCGCCCACCCCUCAACCCGUCCACGGCGUCACGUGGGCCGCCGGUGCUGCCGCUUGUUGGCGGUGCCGUACACACCAACACGGCGAUUGCUCGGAGCGCGCGGCUGCCACUAGCCGUGAGCCCCUCUCCCGCCAGCUCCACCGCCUCUACUCCGCGAGCCAGCCAUCCAGCCACCAACUGGAAUGGGCGGCCGUAUCCUCCUACGGCGGGAUCCGCUGCUGCUGCGACUGCUUCUGCAUCGUUGUCCGACCCGGCGCCUACCUUGUCCUCUCGCAAGGCGGGGCUCGCAGCGGAGAAGCUGGACUCGCCAACAGGUAUAUCAACCAACAAAACCGGCCCAGGCGGCCGUGCAUCCACGACACCUUCUUCUCCUCCAACGGCAGCCGCAACGACAACAGCAGGCCGCAAUGGCACCCCACCACACGUACGGGAAAAGAGGCAGCUCAGCACCGCGAUCAAGUCUUUCAAUCAGUGUCUCUUAGAGGAAAGUGAGAAGGAGCGGGCGCGGCUGAGUCGCCACAGCAGCCGCACCAACUCGCGAGCAACCUCGAUGUCCGAUCUCACGGUGUCGAGAACGCAGCCGCCAUCGGCGAGCCCGUCACCACCGCUGAAGCCCACCCCCCCCAAUGCCACCGAGCCGUCGCCACAGCAAAGCCCCCGCGACAAGACGACGGUCGGUCGGCUCUCGUCGAACGCGGUGCGCGCACCGCCGCAGGUGGGGAGAAGCACCGGACCUGCCCCGGCGAGCUCUCCACCCACCUCCACCUCUAAGACACCGGUAGGCACGGGACCAAAGCCCGCUCCGGCGGCUGUGUCUCUGGUGCCCUCCACGCAGUCUGUGAAGGCUUCUGCCACAUCCUCACCUCCAAGCCACCCAUCCCCGCCACCGCAGCCCCCGGUGAAGGCACCAGCAAAAGCUUCUACCUCUUCCCGGCUCAGCGGCGGGGCACCGCACGUGCCGCUAAGCACCACGGCGAACACGAAUGGCUCCUCGCCGUUUAUUAGCAUCUCAAGCAGUAGCAUCAGUAAUAACGCUCCUGCAAAGAAGACGACGCCCCUCACGGCGGCGACUCUGCCGUCCCGCUACGCUGACUACUACGACGACGAGGCGAGCAAGACGCCACCGCAGGCCACGCCGACCUUGCCUAAAAAUCCGGUCUUCAGCGCGGUGGAGGUGAAGUCCCCCACACCGCUGACGUCGCUCACCACCUCCGCGCGUCGCGGUCUGCCAGGCUUUGCGGCCGUGGUGGGUGACUCGAAGAAGGACAGCGGGGUGACGGACGUGCCCUUGUCGGGCCCCCCGCAAAAACAAAGUGCGAGCACCAACAACCCUAAUGGCAGCAGCACGAGUGGCGGCGCACAGUCCUCUUCACCGCGAACGGCACCACCGCAACAGCAGCCACAACAGACACAAUCCGCGCCGAUAAAAGCACCGGUGAUCGGCAUGGUGAACAGCCACACGCUGGACGACCUCGACGACGCUGCCGAGGACGCCGCCACGCCGACGGCGGGAGAGGCGCGCAAAAACAACGGCGUGGCCACCACCGCCGGCGCAGGACAGACCGUUGCAGCAGCAGAGGGGGCAGUUACAGCGGCCAAACACGGCGAGCAUAAAAAUCUGGUGAGGGAUGACGAUCCAUUGGACAGCGGUGACAGUCUCAGCCCACUCCAGCAGUAUCACCCUGCGAAGACGGCGUCGCUGCCGGGUAGCUCAAAGAAGAUAAACGGCAGCCUUCCCGCGCCGGUGAUCGCCAACAAACGCGCCCAGCCAUCGGCAACGUUACCGUUCACGACGCUGGCCGUCUUCAGUUCACAGGACAAUUUGCAGACGGUCAAGGGUGACAGCCCACUCACCGCGUCUAAGUCAGGGCCACCACCACCACCACCACCAGCAGCCGCAGGAGCAAAGGCCACCGGCUUCCCUCGCAGCACCCCACAGCCUAUCCCCACGACGGCGACGGUCCGCGUCAUCGCCGCCAACAAGAGUGACAGCGGUAGUCAGGUUUCGCCUGCGCCGUGGCCGGUGCCGACAGCGUCGGCGUCCCCACUCACGCUCGCCAACGGUGUCCACGCAAUCCAGCACCGGCCGAGUUCGGCGUUGACCCGAAACGGGCGCUACGCCACCAGCCGCAGCCGGGACGGGCAAGGACCUCUCGGCAACGGAGACGCGUACUCGCCCUCGAACUUGGACGGCAGCGCAACCGGCGCGGACGCGGAGGCUGAGGCCGCCACGCUCUGCACGUACCUGAAGGAGGAAGAGCUGAACCUCUCCAUGUCCACCUUCAACAGCGUCGGCCCUACCCUCGCCCAAUCCCUCAACCUGCGGGUGCUCAACUUAAACGGCAGCACCAUCUCCAGCGAGGGCCUGCGCGGACUGGCGAACAUCCCCACGCUGCGGUCCGUCUGCGUGUCUCACAUGCGGAACCUGACCUCCCUCAAGCCGCUCGUGACGCCCACCGUUGCGGGGGCGCGUUGCACCAUUGAGGAAAUUGACGCCCAGUUCUCCGCCAUCAGUAACGACGGUGUCCAAGGCGUGGAGAAGGUGCGUCGUCUGCGCCGGCUCGAUUUAAGCAUGACGCCCGUCAGCGACGUCACGUGCCUCGCUGGCAGCGUCUCCCUCAGCGACCUGUACCUCACCGGCACGCGGGUGGACAGCGCGGGCGUGGCGGGGCUGGAGAGGGUGCCGACGCUCAUCACGCUCAACAUCGCCCGCACCAAGGUCACGUCCCUCGCCCAGCUCGCCAAGUCGCGCUCGUUGCAGACGCUCAUCCUGUACAGCUGCCAUGUGAACGACGCCGGCUUCGUCGGCGUUAGCGAGAUGCCGCGGCUGGCCACGCUGGACGUGAGCACCACCAAGAUCGAGGACCUCUCCGUCCUGCAGAAGAGCCGCACGUUGAAGUCGAUCAAGGCGCAAUGGCUCAGUCUGAAGAACUGUCAGGACAUCAUCCAAGAGCGCCGCUCGCAGAUGGACGGCCCACCGCCGGGGGACUCGAUGGAGUGGCGCGACACGGAGGCCGGCUUUGCUGGUUUGGCCGCCAUCGCCACCCUCGAGACGCUUGACCUCUCCUUCAACACCCUGCACAGCGUUCACUCGCUGUGCCGCAGCAAGUCUCUCAAGCACCUCUUCCUGAAGCGCACUCGGAUGGAGAACAGCGGCAUCGGCAGCAUCGCCCAGCUGGCCCCUACUCUGGAGACGCUCGUCAUCACCAACUUGGCCGACAGCCUGGACGACGAGGACGACGAACACGAGGUGGAGUCGAACACGAGCGGGCUGCUCAGUGUGAUGGGCGACAUUCACCUGCUGCUCCACCUCACCUCCCUCGACCUGUCCUUCACCGACGUCUUCGAUCUCCGCCUCCUGCAGAACCUCCGCACCCUGAAGGAGCUCAUCAUUGUCGAGACGCUAGUCACCGUUGACGGCCUGCGCGGUGUGGAGAAGAUCCCCUCGCUGGAGCUGCUUGAUAUCUCGCAGACGAGCAUCGUGUCCUUGCAGUUUCUCGUGGGCGGGGCGCCGACCCUGAAGACGAUCCUUGCCCGCUCAAACCGCAACACGAGCGGGUUUGUGCUGGGCCAGGUGCACAAGCUGCCGGCGCUGGAGCACCUGGACGUGAGCGACUCGGUUGUGGAGGACAUGGAGAGUGUGCCGAAGCAGUCCUGGCGCUUGAAGGAGCUGGUCUGGCGCUGGGGCGAGCGUCGCGACAACAAAGGGUUGGCGCCGCCGCUGGAGUGCUGGGUGACGUCGCCGCGACUCGUCGGGUUGCGCGAGAUGCCCUGUCUCUCCCUGCUCGACCUCACCAGCAGCCGUGUGCACGAGCUGUCCUUCCUCGCGAAGGCGCCGUGCCUGAAGACGCUGAACCUGAAGCUGUGCAAGCUGCUGCGCAACAGCAGCAUCAAGGAACUUGGAUCGCUGGCCGCGCUGGAGGUGUUGCAGCUGUCGGACAACGCACACAUCACCGACGUUACGUGUCUGCGCAGCUGUCGAAAGCUGCGUGAAUUGCAGCUCAACAACACGCGUGUGAGCAUGAGAGGCUUGGAGGAGGUGAUGAAUCUGCCGGAGUUGAAGGUGCUGAACAUCGUGAACACGCGGGCUGAGGACGAGGCGAUGAACAGCGGCGUCGCGACGGAGUGCAGCCGCCUGCUGGAGGAUUCGAACCUGCGCGACGGCAGUGCCGUACUGGACAACACGGCGACCCCGGCACAGUUCCGCGUGCCGCGUCGCCGGCGGGUGUCCUUCAUCGUGAGUGACGGCGGUGAAGCCUCCUCGAAGGCGUCGCCGCUGUAG